GCUGAGUGUGUGUUUCCAGCACCCCCCUCCCCCCCAUGCUCUUUCACAAGACCCCUAUGUAAGCCCAGGCCAAAGCUGGUGCAGUGAUCCUGAGCCCCUUUAGCUUGGGGAGUCACUGACAUCAGUUAGUGAUGUGCUGGGCUUUCUAGUGUCUGCUCCAAAGGAGGGGGGAAUCCUGUGCUCCCAGGGUGCUGGGGAGGAGGAGGGAGCUUGGUAAUCCUGAGAGUCAAUCUGCCAUGUUCUGGUGCUAGCAGGACCCUCAAAGACAUCUCAGCUGGAAGGAAAGGGCUUCUUGUCCAACCCAUUUAUUUUAGAGAGGGGAAAACAGACCCUACUAACUUGAGUAACUUGGCCAAGGUCAAGUAGCAGGUUUCCCAGAAGCCUGUGCUCAUUGUGCCCUAUCCAGGCCAGGCCCCUCAUUUUACCCAUAGGGAAACUGAGGCCUAGAAUGUGUCUUGCCCAAGGCCCUCCUCAAGUUAGUGAGUUGGAUUCAAGUCCAGAACCCUCCCCUCCUCCCUGUGGUGGUUCUAGAAAUAUCAGGUCAGUCUGUUGUGGGGAAUACCACUGGAGCCCUCCUGGGGUCAGUCUUCCUUUCUCUGUUCUCAAGCACCAGAGGGGAUGGGGGAUGGUGGGGGAGUGUGGUGCAGAGGAAUCAGGAAGCCACGAGGGAGGACAGGCUGGGGAGGAGAGUCCCUGCCCUGUAGGCCAGGGAGACCAGGAGCUCUCCCUUCAGUAGGAGGGAGACAGUGAUGAGGCUUAGGCAGCUCCCAGGAGGGGUCAGGGGAGAUUCCAUCCAGGCCCUGAGGGGAAUGGGAGGGUGAUAAGGAAAUGGCUCCUGCUGGAUCUGAACUGGGGCCUAAAGGACUCCCUCCCCUGAGCAGGGAGAAAUUCCUGGACCUAGAGUAGUCAGGGAAGGCUUCCUGAAGGCUGAGGCUGGAUGGAGCAAAGGGCCACUGAUGGAGGUCCAUAUCCUCGUGCUUAACUGGAGCUCUAGCAGGAGGUGGCCAGCCUGGCAUGUUUAAGACCAUAGCCUUCUUCCCACCCCACCCCAUAAAUGACAAAGCAUCAUGGGAGCAGAAUGCAGGAUUAGCUGGUUGAAGACAGCCAUGUGGUGUGUUGAGGGGGAGCAGAAUCUGGGUGCUAUCAGAACGGGGGCAAGAAAGGGCUGAGUGCCUGGAGGAGUAGAGCUGGGAUGGAGGAGCGUGCUCCUACUUUUCCUGACUUAGACUGAGAACACAGCAAGUCUUCAAGGAAAUCUCCAUUUCAGAAUGAUCUCCACCAGGUUUCUCUGGACAAUUCGAAAUGAUUUUUUUCCCUGAAAAUUUUUUGGAAAAUUUCAGUUUUGAAAAAGUUUUAAAAAAUGUAACAAUAAGAGAAAGAGGGGGGAAAGGGGACAAGGAUGUGACGUGACAUGCUGGGUGACCUUGCCCAGGCCUCAGUAGGUCUGUCUGUCAAAGACCACUGGUCAGUAGGUCUCUCUGAGCUUUGACCUGAUGUAAGCAUGAAGGUCAUAGAGCUCCUGCUGAGGCCUGAGCAGAUACCAGUAAGGGCCUUGAAUUCACAGCCUUGUCUGCCAUUCCUUGGUGGGGUGACUUUGAGCAAGUCAUUUCCCUUCCUGCUUGGCUUGGGCUUCCUGGGUCCAGGGAGAGUCGGGCUCACUGUACUCUCUCUAAGGAGCCAAUGACUUCCAGCUGUAUCAUGUCCCAAAUCCAGGUUGGGGUAAUUUGUUCUUUAAACCUGCCCUGAGACCCUCCCUGGUCAGCCCUUUGUAGAAAUGAGAGAUUGGCUUCCCCAGAGCCUUCAGCCAAGGGGACUGUUUUGAUAUCCACUGCCUGGGGCCUGCUUCUGUGGGGGAUGGCUAGACAGGAACCCUGAGCUAGCUGGGGAACGGGCUGGAGGAAAGGGAGACCCUAAGAGCCGCCACUUGUUCAAGGUCAUGACAAGUCACUUGGUAUAAGGGUGCAGAGAAGAACCGAGAGGCAUUGGAGUGCAGGGGCAGAGUGAGUCCUUUCCUUCCUGGGCCUCAGUUUCCACAUCUGUAAAAUGAGAUUUGGAUUGAUGAUCUCCAAAUUCUACAAAACUCAGACCUACUGUGUUGAGGGGAGCUCAGCUGGUGGCAUGUCUGCAAGGGUGAAGGGAAGGGGCCUGGUGAUGGGGCAGGGGAAGACCUGGUGGGUGGAUCUUCUGCCUUCUCCAGCCUGGGCUCUUCCAUGGACCCUGGGAAUGAAAGGAGCGGUGACCAGCAAUGGCAGUGUUGGAGGGGACCCAGCCACAGAAACCCAGCCACAGAUCAGAGCCCCACAGGCUGCUCCGAACGCCUGGCAGGUCAUCAAAGGCGUCUUGUUUAGAAUCUUCAUUAUCUGGGCCAUUAGCUGUUGGUUUCGUCGUGGGCCAGCACCACAGGACCCAAACAGCCCUGGAGGAGCCCCACGAGUCCCUAGCCGCAACCUCUUCCCAAAAGAUACUUUAAUGAACCUGCACGUGUACAUCUCCGAACAUGAGCACUUUACAGACUUCAAUACCACCUCAGCACUCUUUUGGGAGCAGCAAGACCUCGUCUACGGGGACUGGACCAGUGGGGAGAACUCGGACGGCUGCUACGAGCACUUCGCCGAGCUGGACAUCCCACCGAGUGUGCAGCAAAAUGGCUCCAUGUACAUCCAUGUGUACUUCACCAAGAGCGGCUUCCACCCAGACCCCAAACACAAGGCUUUGUACAGGCGGCUGGCCACUGUGCAUACGUCGCGAAUGAUCAACAAAUAUAAACGGAGGCGCUUUCAGAAAACCAAGAACCUGCUGACAGGGGAGACAGAAGCUGACCCAGAAAUGAUUAAGCGAGCGGAAGACUUUGGCCCCGUGGAGGUCAUCUCCCACUGGCACCCCAACCUCACCAUCAACAUUGUAGAUGACCACACACCCUGGGUGAAGGGCAGCGUGCCUCCGCCAUUGGACCAAUAUGUACAGUUUGAUGCUGUCAGCGGUGAUUACUACCCCAUCAUCUACUUCAAUGACUAUUGGAACCUGCAGAGAGACUAUUACCCCAUCAAUGAGACGCUGGCCAGCCUGCCCCUGCGCCUCUCCUUCUGCCCCCUGUCCCUGUGGCGCUGGCAGCUCUACGCGGCCCAAAGCACCCGGUCCCCCUGGAACUUCCUGGGUGAGGACCUGUACGAGCAAUCGGAUGAGGAGCAGGACUCGGUCAAGGUGGCACUGCUGGAGACGAACCCCUACCUCCUGGCUCUCACCAUCAUCGUCUCCAUCGUCCACAGUGUCUUCGAGUUUCUGGCCUUCAAGAAUGACAUUCAGUUCUGGAACAGCCGGCAGUCCCUGGAGGGCCUCUCUGUCCGUUCUGUCUUCUUUGGCGUGUUCCAGUCCCUCGUAGUCCUUCUCUAUAUCCUCGACAACGAGACCAACUUUGUGGUCCAGGUCAGCGUCUUCAUUGGCGUCCUCAUUGACCUGUGGAAGAUAACCAAAGUCAUGGAUGUCCGGCUGGACCGAGAGAACAAGGUGGCCGGCGUGUUCCCCCGCCUGACCUUCAAGGAUAAGUCCACCUACAUUGAGUCCUCCACCAAGGUCUACGAUGAUAUGGCGUUCAGGUACCUGUCCUGGAUCCUCUUCCCUCUCUUGGGCUGCUACGCCGUGUACAGCCUCUUGUACAUGGAGCACAAGGGCUGGUACUCCUGGGUCCUCAGCAUGCUGUAUGGCUUCCUCCUGACCUUCGGCUUCAUCACCAUGACGCCCCAGCUCUUUAUCAAUUACAAGCUCAAGUCGGUGGCCCACCUGCCCUGGCGGAUGCUGACUUACAAAGCCCUGAACACCUUCAUCGAUGACUUGUUCGCCUUCGUCAUCAAGAUGCCGGUGAUGUACCGUAUCGGCUGUCUUCGGGACGAUGUGGUUUUCUUCAUCUAUCUUUAUCAGCGCUGGAUAUACAGAGUGGAUCCCACACGGGUGAACGAGUUUGGAAUGAGCGGGGAGGCGCAGACAGCCUUGGCGGCCCUGACACCGCCCCCCGCCCCCAGCGGGGAUGGCCCCCUCCCGGGACAAGACCAGGGGCCCGCCCCUAAACAGGCCGAGGACAAGAAAAAGGAUUAGUCUCUUCCCCCUGGUUUCCUUGGCCAGGGCACUCUUCCCACCCCCACCCCAGCUCACUGUGACCCCGAGGCAGGGAGCGCCUCCCCAUCCCCCCUACCCUGGACAGACGGGGAGGGAGGGGCUCGGGGGACCGCUCCCCUGCUGUGAUGUGGGGAGAGAAGGAAGAGGAGGGGCGGGAAGGGUGCUGUUGGGAGCGCGGGUAGCAGGGGGCCGUCCCUGCCUGUCUGUCCCUAUGUCAGUUCCAGCGCCAUCUGUAAUCAUUGUGAAGCCAUCGCAUCAUGGCGGGGAGGUGGGGUGGGGGGCCAGGCCCCCAAGAGCUCUCCCUCCAGAACCCCAGAUCCAUCUCUCAUCCCUUCCUGUGCCCCUCCUGCCCCCGACACAGACUCUGGAUUUAAUAAAUUCAUAUGGGUGUUUAACUUA